AUGGCUGCCUACAUGGGUUGUGAUUAAAUAUUGUUGUCUUAACUCGUAGCAUUUUCACAAUCCUUUUGACACUAUGUCUUCAAAAAAGAGGAAAGAUUGUGAGAAAAUUAAUAUUUCACAAACUAAAAAACAAAAACUACCUGACACCUCUAAAAGUGCAUCUAAAACGUCCAUCGAAGAAGCUUUUUUGACGGGAGUAGACAUUUUUAUUAUGAAGGCUGGUAUCCAAAAAGCCAGAAUUAAGAUUUUUGAGACACAGCUUGAGAAAUAUGGGGCAGUUGUUUGUAACGAAAUAUCAUCGUCGACAAGGCACAUUUUAGUCGAUGAUACAAUGGACGUUGACAGGAUGUGUAGAUUGUUGAAGCUGGAGUCUGCCCCGCAAGCAACUGUUGUAAAAACCACUUGGCUCAGUACCUGUCUUAGACAAAAGAAAUUAAUCCAGACUCAAGAAUUUGAACUAGACUUAAAAGAACAUUUUAAUACCAACAUAACCAAGGGGGCCAUCAACCUAGCAGUGCAAAGUGCAUCUGAUUCUAAGACAAGUUGUAGUGAAGUGCAAACUGUACCAAAUGACAAAUGCCCCAAAGUUGGCAUAAUGUUUAAUGCAUUUAAAAAAUCAAACAAGUCAGAAAUGUCUGGUUCAGACAGUGAUUAUAAAGCAAGUGACGAAGAGCGGGAUGUUCAGGCAUGUGACGAAAGUGGAUAUCAUUCUCCAUCAACCAGUUCUAAUGAAACAGUUACUCCAAACACAUCACCUGGCAAAGCAUUUCCUACAGAAAAAUGGAUUUGCACUCAAUCAUCUAAGAAUCCUAGACCCAACUUCAACCAGCAUGUCACAGAAACAUUAGAAGAAAUGGUGAAGAACUACGAAAGUACAAAUGACAAAUGGCGUGCCUUUGGUUAUCAGAAAGCAAUUCAGGCCAUUCGCAGGUGCCCCAAGCAAAUCUCAACAUGGGAGGAAGCUAAAGCUCUUCCUGGUGUAGGAUCCCGAUUGGCUGACAAAAUAUGGGAAAUAAUCCAGAGUGGAGAGCUGAGAAAACUGAAUGAAUUCAAAUCUAAUGAUGAGAUCAAAGUUCUGAACAUGUUCACCAAUGUGUGGGGUGCUGGGCCGACGACAGCCAGACAGUGGUAUCAGCAGGGUUUGCGAACAAUAGACGAUUUGAAGACAAAGGCGCACCUGACUCAUCAGCAGAAGGUUGGAGUUCGACUGUACGACGACUUGUUGGAAAGGAUGCCACGUGAAGAAGCUGGAGAGAUUGAGCAAGUGGUGAAAGAGGCAGCUGAAAAGAUACAGCCAGGCAUUAUAGCUCAGGCGUGUGGGUCGUAUCGCCGUGGCAAGGCAACGUGCGGAGAUGUUGAUAUUCUCGUCACUCACCCCGACGGAAAGUCACACCUAGGGAUGUACGGGAAGCUGCUGUCAGCCCUCAAGGAAACUGGAUUUUUGACUGAUGAUUUGGUGUCUGUAGAAGAUAAUGGAAAUCAGAAAAAAUAUCUUGGAGUGUGUAAACUUCCUGGAGAUAAUAGGAAACACCGCAGGUUGGAUAUCAUUGUUGUUCCUUAUGAUGAGUAUGGAUGUGCUUUGGUGUAUUUCACUGGCUCUGCUCACUUCAACAGGUCGCUGCGUCACCUGUGUAAGAAACAGAAUAUGUCGCUUAACGAACAUGCUUUGAGAACCGGAGUCGUUAGAAAGGGUACAGAAAAAAUAUUUGAAGGAACGAAAAUUUUAACACCAACAGAAGAAUCGGUGUUCAAAGCUUUGAAUGUGCCUGUUAGACCCCCUGAAGAGAGAGAUCACUAGUGAAUUCACAGCCUCAAAGAAAAAUCAGUGAUCUACUUUAAGGCUUUGGAUAUGAUUGAUCAGAUUCAGACCUUUAUAAUGUUAUUUUAACUUAAUUUUACAUGACAAAUAUUCGUCAAUGACAAAAUUAAUUUUUAUAUUAAAAUCCACAGAUAUUUUGCAAGUACUUAUGAAUAUGUAGCUGUUUUAUUUAAAUAUAUGUAAUUUUGUUUUUAUUUAAUUAAUUAAUUAAUUUUAUUAGUAUAUUUUAACUUAAUUUUACCUGACAAAUAUUUGUCAAUGACAAAAUGAAUUUUUAUAUUAAAAUCCACAGAUAUUUUACAAGUACUUAUGAAUAUAUAACUAUUUUAUUUAAAUAUAUGUAAUUUAGUUUUUAUUCAAUUAAUUAAUUAAUUGAUUUUAUUAGGUAUAUUCUAUUUUACCAGGUAUUAUUAUUAAAUUUAUUUUAGCUUCGUAACAAAUACAUUUCUGCAUAAGAUUAGUAUGGAAUAAAACUGAUUUAUUUAUUGGAAUAUUGAACAGAAGUAAUAUUUAUUUUGUGAUUUGAGGUUGUGUUUUGCAUUUCUCUUAAUAUAUUCUAGUACCAGUGACCUGUAUGCCAUAAUAUAGCAUUAAAAUACAAUGGGCAAGUUCAACAUUUUCCUAAUAUCUUCAAAUAAUGAAUUAAUAUUCAUCAAGUUCUUAAAAUAUUUUUAAUUAAAAAUUCAGUUAAUGCAAAGUAUAUACAUGUAUAUAUUAUUAAUACUAAAUUAAAAAAAAAUUUUUUUGCAUUAUAUUGCAUGUUGGAUUUACAGUCCCAUUUUAUCGUAGUUCCUAUUUAGUAACCAUUGUAAAUAAAGUGAAGCUCCAUUAUAUAUAUUACAGAGUCCAAAAGGUAUUAUCGUUAAGGAGAUACUUUGAGAAGCAAUACAUUCAGAGGAAUGCCUGAGUUAUUCACACUUACUGGUUAAUAACAGAGACAUGGCCCAAAAGGUAUUAUCGUUAAGGAGAUACUUUGAGAAGCAAUACAUUUAGAGGAAUGCCUGAGUUAUUCACACUUACUGGUUAAUAACAGAGACAUGGCCCAAAAGACAGAAUUUCAUUAGUAUUUUUAAGAAAUGGAGAAUUACAAGGGUAUUCCCCAUCUUAAAAUUUAUGUGUAAACAAUAAUGUAUGUCACAAUAUAUAAUGCGAGUUACACUUUAUAAUGUUUGUUGAUACAAUUAUUUAUUACUUUUGGAUAAAAAGCUUCCUAAAACAUAAUCAAUUUUUAAUGGGAUUGUGUCAAUUUUUUUUUUAAAGGGACAGACCCUAGUUUAUAAACACUAGGGCAUAUUUUUCACCUAGAUCCUAGUUUUUAAACACUAAGGCAUAUUUUUCACCUAGA